AUGCAAUAUAUGAUAGCUCUUCCCUUGGCGCUGGCCUCUCUUGCCGCUGCUCAGACACCAAGCUUGAGUGACGCUCUAGGCUCUCAAAAUUCGUCUCUAUCGUCUCUGAAUGCUCUUCUUGCAUCCAACUCCCAAUUUUCCGAGUCUCUAAAUAGGUUGCAAAACGUCACCAUUCUAGCUCCCAGCAACGAUGCUUUGAGUGCUGUAACUAGCAACAACGAGUCCGCUUUACUGCUUGCCAACUCCGACUAUUUGCAGGCUUUGUUAAGUUACCAUAUCCUAAAUGGCACAUACCACAACGAUAGCUUUGGGGACGAAUCGGUCUUUAUCCCUACAUUGCUGACCAACAAGACGUACACCAACGUAACUGGUGGUCAGGUUGUUGAGGCCCAGCUUCACGAUAAUAACGUGACCUUCUUCAGCGCUCUGAAGGAGAAUGCCACUAUCAUUACACCUAAUGUGAACUUCACUGGCGGCACAAUCCACAUAAUAGACAGGGUCCUUGCUAUCCCUCAGAAUGUGACAGAGACUCUGUCUAACGCAAACCUCACUGCUGCCGAGGGUGCUAUCAGCACGGCCAACCUAACUGACUCAGUCGUUGACACUCCCAACAUUACCAUCUUUGCCCCGAACAAUGACGCCUUUAAUGCAAUUGGAAGCAUUAUUGGCAACCUCACUUCGGAUCAAUUGACUAACAUUGCCGGCUACCAUGUCGUCAACGGCUCCGUUAACUACAGCGCAGACCUGCAAAAUACGACACUCACUGCCGCUAAUGGACAGGAUAUUACCAUCACUAUACUGAAUGGUACUGCAUAUGCUAACUCAGCAAAGAUCACGGUUCCCGAUAUCUUGUUGGAGAAUGGUGUCGUCCACGUAAUCGACCAAGUUUUAAACCCAGAUAAUACGUCUGCGGCCCCUGAUACGACAGCUUCGUCAGCCACACCUGCGUUCACCAACGCCAGUUCCGGAUCCGAAGGUGUACCUUUCACCAGUGGCGUUACAACCCCUACCACCACUUUCCCCGCCGCUACAUCGGCAGGCGGAGAGGCAGAGUCGUCUAGUUCUGAAGACGCAGCUAUGCCCAUGAAGACCGGUGCCGUUGGCGCAGCAGCUCUCUUUGGUGGCGUAGCCAUUAUCGCAAACUUGUGA